AUGGAGUCAGCCAGCUCAGAUGAAAUCCAACAGCCUAUCUACGAAGACCCGGACGCUUUACUGACUCCAGAUCUACACAUUGAACAGGCUCCUCCUCCCCCUCCUCAGCCUCAUCGUUUUCCAGCUUCCCACAGCAGUUAUGGCCAGAUGAGUUCAUCAGCGAGUCAAAGAUACGAGAACACAUCAGAUCAUCAAUCCAGGCCUCCCUCUGCAGGCUCCACACAUCUAACUCCUGUUUUUCCAGCUCUUUCUCAGGAAUCACCAAACGAAUCCCCCAGCAGCAGCACUAUCUCAGGGAGAAACUCUUCGCCUUUACGAAAUCCAGAUCUGCAUAUUAAACAGCCUCCUCCUCCCCCUCCUCGGCCUCAUCGUUUUCAAAGUCCCCCCCAAUAUUAUGAAACACAGUCUUCAGCGAGUCAGAGAUACGAGAACAAGCCAGAAUGUCAGUCCCCACCUUCCCCUGCAGGCUCCACGCAUCUAACUCCUGUCUCACAGGCUCGUUCUCAAGAAUCACUGAACGUCACUGGAAACAACUACAGUACACGGCUGGUGACGGUCCACUGA